AGUUCCGUGUUGUAAAUGUAGCAGAAAAACAACAGUUGUAACUUCUCUUGUUUAUUGUUCUCUAGACCUUUCGUGUGUCUUUGAAUUCCUUCACUGAACAUGUCGGACCGCGCCACUUUCGAUACCAAUGCGAUCACUUUGACCAGGUUUUUGUUAGAGGAGGGAAGGAAAGUGAAGGCCACAGGGGAACUGACGACCCUCCUGAAUGCUAUGUGUACAGCUAUUAAAGCAAUAUCCAGUGCUGUGAGAAAAGCAGGCAUCGCUCACCUGUAUGGCAUUGCUGGCAGUACAAACAUUACAGGGGACCAGGUGAAGAAGCUGGAUGUCCUUUCCAAUGACCUGGUUAUUAACAUGAUCAAAUCCUCCUUCACCUCCUGUGUGUUGAUCACUGAGGAGAAUGAUAAUGCCCUUAUAUUGGAGCCUGAGAGCAGGGGUAAAUAUGUGGUCUGCUUCGAUCCUCUGGAUGGAUCCUCCAACAUCGACUGCCUGGCUUCCAUCGGUACCAUCUUCGCUAUUUAUAAAAAGUGCACAGAUGACGAGCCAAGUGAGAAGGACGGUCUGCAGCCGGGCAGAGACAUAGUGGCUGCUGGGUAUGCGCUGUACGGCAGUGCAACCAUGAUAGUGCUCUCAACUGGCCAAGGUGUCAACUGCUUCAUGCUGGAUCCUGCAAUUGGGGAGUUCAUUCUUGUAGACCGAGAUGUGAAAAUAAAGAAAAAAGGGAAUAUUUACAGUCUCAAUGAGGGCUAUGCUAAGUUUUUUGACCCUGCUGUCACUGAAUACAUACAGAAGAAGAAAUUCCCAGAGGAUGGCAGUGCCCCCUAUGGUGCACGCUAUGUGGGCUCCAUGGUAGCAGAUGUGCAUAGGACACUUGUUUACGGAGGCGUUUUCCUCUAUCCUGCCAAUAUGAAGAGUCCCAAAGGAAAGCUACGACUCUUGUAUGAGUGCAACCCCAUGGCCUUCAUCAUGGAGCAGGCUGGUGGAAUGGCAACCACAGGUGCCAUGGAUGUGUUGGACAUCCAGCCUGAAAGCAUCCAUCAGAGGGCCCCAGUGGUCCUGGGAUCCCCGGAUGAUGUUAAAGAGUAUAUCUCCAUCUACCAGAAGCAUCACAAGUGAACAAAUCUUAAAACUACAAAACCUAGAAAGAGACCAAACAUCAAAUUCCAAUCACUCUUAUUUUACAUAAAGUCUAUCACACUCACUUCAUAUAAAUUCAGUUUGUUGCAAACCAAAAAUCUACUCAGGACUAAAACAAUGCUUAAAAAAAAAUCAUACUCCAAGAAGCAGCAUUGUCAUAUUUGCACUCACUACAAAAUGUUUACACAAAAAACGUUUUAUGUCUAUGCAAUAAAAAUGAAGUGCCUUUUCUGUUUGUUUUUUAUUUUAAAGGAAAAUAAUAAAUUCAGCUGAGCCAGAAAAAAAAAA